GUUACCACCAUGGCCGAGGAAGAGUCAGCCUCCUCGCCUUACACGGAAGAUGAUUUCUACUGUCCCAUCUGCCAAGAAGUAUUUAAGACGCCAGUUCGGGUCGCGGCCUGUCAGCACGUCUUCUGCCGAAAAUGUUUCCUGUCUGCAAUGAAGGAAAGCCGGAUCCACUGCCCCCUGUGCCGUGGAAAUGUGACCAGGAGAGAACGAGGAUGUCCAGAGAGGGCCCUGGAUCUUGAAACCAUCAUGAAAAGUUUUCCAGGAAACUGUCGGUGUUGUUCCCAACGGGUUGAACUCUAUCGCAUGAGACAGCACUACAAAACUUGCGAAAAGUACCAAGAUGAAUUCGGAGCUGGAGCUUCUUCAACUGCUCCAACUUUUCAAAUGUCUCCAGAUUCCGUGGGUAACAGCAGCAACGAGGCAUCCAUCUCGGAAAAUGCGGAGACUUAUCAUGAAGAAGACGACAGUGCCAAUCCACCUAACCAGCCUACCUACGAUUGUCCCCUGUGCGAAGAAGUUAACAUGACCAGGCAGCAUUUGUUGGAUCAUUGCAACCGCAGCCAUCGAGGCCACCUUGUUCCAGUUAUUUGUCCAAUCUGCCUGUCUCUUCCAUGGGGUGACCCUACCCAACUGACAAGAAAUUUUCUUAGUCAUCUAAACCAAAGGCAUCAGUUUGAUUAUGGAGAUUUCGUCAAUCUUCAAAUGGAUGAGGAAACUCAGUACCAAAUUGCUCUGGAGGAGUCUUUCCAUAUUAACAUCUAGAGAGACUUUUCCUUAGCGAUGUAAUUGCUCCUAAGGGACAAUUUACACGAAGUCAUCAUUUCAAUAACUUGACGUGUUUUAAAUAAA